CGUCGCGGCGUCGAUCGACCCUUCUUCCAACCCGCGAAUAUUCACGCUCGUUGGAUUCGCUGGCCGCCCGCGGGCAUUCAUGGCCCUCGCCCGAAGCAUCUCGACCUCUCGCAAGCGAGUUGAAUCUCAGUAAAAGAAACUGCCUAUUUUCAAGUCGUUCCAACACCGCGUCCCCGCGAGUCUCACGGUGCGUUGGGAAUAAUCUCGCGCGAGGAACGAGCGAGAAGGAACGCGGAUUAAAAAGAGGCGGUGAAUCGUGUCGAAGAGACAGAGAAUCGGGCGCGCGCGUGGUUUGGAGCAAACGCGGUUACGGAAAAUACCGCCAGGGCUGAAGGAGGAGGAGGAGGAGGAGGAGAGAGGAUGAGAUCGAUCGGAAAGUUGGGACGAUAACGUCCCCCGUAGUCGUUGUAGCCGGCGACGUAUACGCGUGGUGAAACGCGCUCGCGGGGAGGGGGCCGCCUCAUCGAUAUGCGCUCUAUAUGUCUAGAUUAAGCCUCUAUGCAUAUGUCUGUGUUUUGGGGGCUGCAUUUAAGGGGUUAGUGCGAGUCUAACGCGGAAGUGAAUGAAAGUGGGGCGGAGCUCACGGCUCAAGCCCCCCAGGAUAUUUCGCGUCUGACAGUGUUAAAGUUUUUUGUUUUUCAUUGUUAAAUCUACUUUGUGUUUAGUUUUUAUAACGCCAGUAACGACGCGCCGGUGAGAAGAAUAAAAAAUAAAAAGGAACGAUCGUCGAAGCUUUUCCGAAGGCUCCCCCCUCGCGCCUCUCAAGCUCUCAUGGUUUUUCCACCGAAAGAAGGUCAAAGAUCGAUCGUCCUGGAGGAGGACGGAACGUCGACGACGGUGACACACUCGAGUCUACUCGCCUCCCUCCUUAACCAGCAUUAUCUCCGUUCACCGAUUCAUCGAUUUAUUCAUAAACGCUUCAAUGCCCAGUACAGUUCCUUUCGCUUGAUACGCAGAGGCCCGAAUAAUGAACUCGACGAUAAAAUCCGCUUGCGGAGGCAGCUGAGAUGCGACAAUAAGUAAAUACACUCGAUUAUUUGCUAAGAAAGAAGCUCGACGAGAAGGCUUCUCCACGCCUCUUACGAAUAAUCGAUCGAGCAAGUAGUAGCCACGAGUCUUUCCUAUUCUCCAUCCCCCUGAGAAGCUCCUACCCGAAGCCCGCACGAGAGAUAUUGAACUAGAAAUGUGCUGAGCUUCUGACAAGUUGGAACACACGAGGAAGGAGACUCGCUGGAUUUAAAGGCGUCGCCUACUACCCGAGCAACCUUAAGUCCCUUCUCCGGCUACUUCGAGCUGGCGCCUCUGCUACCUUAAACAGUCGAUAUAAAUUGAAGGGGGAAAUAAAGCACGAGGCGAAAGUGAGUUGCUGGGAGAAAGAGUGGAGCGUUCGACAACAGCGAGCGCAGGGAAUUGAAAGUGUGCGGUGCUGGCCUCGCGAAAUAAAUGAACGAUCGCACCAGUUCGCCAGCGUGAUAAUCGGAGUCCAGAGCCGAGUAUAUUACACCGAGUAAAAGGGAAUAAAAGGUGAAUUAUCGAUCGGAGUCAAUGCCCCGGGGAGAAGAGACGAGGAUAAAAGUCCCCGGGUUCGCGAUACUCGGUUUACGAAGAAUGAAAAGAAGGGUAAUCGAUGAGCGACGAGUCGGACGAUGUCGAAGGUUAACCGUGAAUACCGAGUGAACUGAUAUCUCCUCCUCGCGCGGAUUAUAUUAGAGAAAAGACGUCACGUGCCGAUCGAUUCGUCACAGCGACCGAAGGAAUAAAAGACCCGUGCGCCGAAAGGUCAGGGAAUCAAGAUUCGCUCGUUACAAUUGCAAGAGAAAGAGGAUUGAAAGAAGAGAGACUCAAAAUCCGGAGACGACGUCUCAAAGCUCAUUCGAAAAUCUUGCAAUUUUUUUCACCCUGCUUAAAAUCCGUCGCGCCAAUGAGCUUCAGAGCCGGAGGAGGAGAGUGUCGUAGAAAGAAUGGGACGCGCGUCGCCUCGGGUAAUCCCGAAAGCUUCUACUCGUAAAUCUCUCGAGUGUCCGGGUUCGCUGGGUUGCUCUAAUGAGUGAAGCUGAUGCGAGUAUCACGUCGGUGAUGCUUGGCCCAGCGUUGUCUACCUCCUCGUUCUCCGGUCCGCCGAGUCUUAACGCUAGUUGCGGAUCGCGAUAAAAACAAAACGAAAGAGGCUUUGAGUCAACUGAACUCGGGCUGGUUAACGCGUGACAAAGGGGAAGCGAGAGAGAGAGAGAGAGCAAGAGCUUUUGGUCGGAUAAAAGCAACGUGUCGAGGAGACGAAGCAUUUGGACCGGAAGGACGUGACAACGUUGACGGGGCUGGGGGGACGGGGGGGGGGGGGGAAUAAAAGAGGGAUCGAGGAUAGACGUAGGGAAGAGAAAAGAUAAGAGGCCUGAAAGGACGUGCGUUAUAUUUUCCAUGUAAUUUAGAUAUGCGGAGGGUACUGCGGGUGUGCUGUGACUUUCGGAGGGUUUAUUGUUGAACGAGGAAGUGGAAAGCAGCGAAUGGCGGUUUGACGAGGAGUCCGGAAGGAAAGAUCGAAAGAGAGAUAAGCCCCGCGCGGAGAAAAGAAGAAAAGAAGGCGGGAGGGAGUCCCAAGAAGCAGCUAUAAAGAGCUGGACGGGCUCGAAGAGGGGGAUUUUUGUCUCGAAAAACGUAAAUAAAAAGGCCCAAGCACGGAUCUCUACGGGGACAGAGGUUACAGCAGCCGGGGUGGUGGUGAGAUGUCGAGGGAUCCAUACUCCUCGGGAAGCGGUGUCGUCGGUCCAGGUGGUGGGACACGUUCGCCACGUAGCGGUAGACGCGUCGGCGAACUACCAACCGUUGAUCGAAGCCCGUCGCGUAGCUAUGCCAGUGGACGCGGAAGUCCGCUCGGUGGACGGAAACGGGGCACCAGGAGCGGCAACAACUCACCGGAACACCUCGGCUACGGGAGCUACCAUCACCACCAAUUGAACAGCCCGUUUUACUCCCGGGACGAAGAUCUCGGCAGUCCGGUUAUGCUCGAGGAACGUGGCCGGAGCAUGUCGACCGGGGGCGGUGGAGGCCACCACAGAUCCCGCAGCGCCUCGAGGCCAGCGAUGUCCAGUUCGGCAGGCAUGUCCGCCCGUUACACAAGCCUCGACCGUGCCUCCGCCGGGAUCCUCGAUCAUGACCGGGAGUUCGUACCGAUCCGCGAACCCCGCGAACGCAGCCGCGAUCGCGGCGGGCUUUAUCUCGACGACGAUCUCUACGGGUCCAGGUCGGCGAGGCAGAGCCCGAACCCUCACAUGAUCAGAGACGGCGGUAUUUACAUCGGCGAGCUCCAACAUCAGAACAACGAUUUGCAACGGGAACUCGGGAAUUUGAAAAAAGAGCUCGAACUCACCAACCAAAAACUCGGCAGCUCGAUGCACAGCAUCAAAACCUUUUGGAGCCCCGAGUUGAAGAAAGAACGAGCCCUCAGGAAAGAGGAAAGCACCAAGUACAGCCUCAUCAACGAACAGCUCAAAAUGCUCAAUUCCGAAAAUCAGAAACAAAGCAUGAUGGUGCGACAACUCGAAGAGGAACUAAGAUUGCGAAUGCGAGGACCGAGCGUCGAGAUACAACAGCAAAUGGAAGUAUUGUACAACGAGAACGAACAUCUGACACGUGAAAUUGCCAUACUUCGAGACACGAUCAAGGAGCUCGAGCUUAGAAUAGAGACUCAGAAGCAAACGUUGCAGGCCCGUGACGAAAGCAUCAAAAAGCUCCUGGAAAUGCUCCAGAACAAAGGCAUGGGGAAAGAGGAGGAGAGGAUCAUGUUCCAGCAGAUGCAAUCGAUGGCGCAGAAGCAGCUUUCUGAGGAGCUGGACGAACUCCGAACUGAGGUACAACGACGGGACCAGGAACUACUCGGAAUGUCAGCUAAAAUGAAAACCCUCGAGGAACAACAUCAGGAUUACCAAAGACACAUCGCCGUUCUUAAGGAAUCACUUUGCGCCAAAGAGGAGCAUUACAACAUGUUGCAAGUUGACGUCGAAGAAAUGCGACAGAGGCUCGAGGAGAAGAACAGGCUGAUCGAGAAGAAGACACAGGCGGUAUUGCAGGCUCAGCAGGAACGUAAUCGCAUGAACACCGAGCUUACAGAGCUCAAAGACCACAUGGACAUUAAGGACAGGAAAAUCAACGUUCUGCAACGGAAGAUCGAAAAUCUGGAGGAUCUGCUGAAGGAAAAGGACAAUCAGGUUGAUAUGGCACGAGCACGUCUGACCGCUAUGCAGGCUCAUCACUGCAGCAGCGAGGGAGCCUUAAGCACCCUCGAGGAAGCCAUUGGCGAUAAGGAAAAACAAAUGGCCCAGUUACGAGAACAGAGAGAUCGUGCCGAGCAGGACAAGCAGGAGGAACGCGAGCUCCAUGAGAGAGAACUCGCCGAGUACAAAAUGAAGAUCCACGCCCUGGAAUCGGAGGUUGAAAAAUUGGGCGCACGACUGGAGAGAGCACAAGCCGAGAAAGACCGUCUCGAGGCAAAAUUAGAAACGUCUCAAUCAGAGCUCGGAAAAAGCAAAGCCGAGUUGGACAAGGCAGCAUCGGAAGUUGGACGAAGUGGGUCGGAUUGGGAAGCUGCUAAGCAAAGAUUGAGUCGUCUGGAAUUGGAGAACGAGAGGCUCCGACACGACCUCGAAAAGUCGCAAACAACCUUCGGCCGAAGUACCCUCAACUCGUCGCAGGAGCUCGACAGGAUUCAGGAGCGAGCUGAAAAAGCUGCUCAGGAGCUCAGGCGCGCUCAGGCCGAGCUGAGGGUAACUCAGGCCGACAACGAAAGAGCCAGAGCCGAGGCUGCUGCUCUGCAAGAAAAGGUUGAGAAGAGCCAAGGUGAGGUCUACAGACUGAAAGCUCGAUUGGAGAACGCUCAGGGCGAACAGGAGAGUCUGAGGGACGAAUACGACCGGGCUCAGUCUUCGGUUGCGAGAUUACAUUCCGAGAGGGACAAAGCUGUUGGUGAACUUGAAAAGGCUCAAGAGGAACUCGAGAGAACACAGGCCACGCUCGGCAAGGCACAACUUCAACAGGAUCGUCUCCAAAAUGUUCUCGACAAGACGCAGAGCGAGGCCGAUAAGCUGCAAGAGAGACUCGAAAAAUCUCAGGCCGAAGUUAGACGAAUGCAAAUGGAGAAAGAGAAGCAGAAUUACGACUUCGAGAAUCUUCAGAGUCAAUUGGACAAAGCAUUGGGACAAUCGACGAGAAUACAAAAAGAGAGAGAAGCCAUUCAGCUGGAAGUUGACAGACUGCAAGACAAAUACGAAAAGGCUCAGAUUAUUAUGCAACGACUACAGAAGGAACGAGACAGUUUUCAGGAAGAAAUCGUUAAGCUCCAGCGUGACAAGGAGAACAUUCUGUCAGAGCUGGAUCUGGUGAAGGAACGAUGGGAAAAAGCGCACAAUUCCCACCAAAAGUUAACCUUGGAACGCGACGACGCCCUCACAGAAAUGGAAAUACUCAAGGAAAAAUUGGAUAAAGCCCAGUAUUCGCUGUCGAAAGCUCACGAGGAGCGAGAAAAUACGAGCAAAGAGUUUGAAAAAAUGUUGGCCAAGUACGACAGGGCACAGAGCGAGGUGUAUCGACUGCAAAACCGUAUCGAGGUGAUGGAAGCGGAGAAAGAUCGUUUGGAGCUGGAAGUGGAGAAGCAGCAGAUGCUGGCGACGAAGAGUCGGGAGGAGUCGCGAAAGGCGCAGGAGGAAUUGGCCCGAGUUCAGGAGAUGUACGACCGUGCUGCGUUGCAGUUGGGUCGUACGAAAGAGAACGAGGAGAAGUCGAAAGAGGAUUUGGACCGUUUGAGCGUAGAUUUGGAGAUGGUUCGCGAGAGAUACGAGAAGUCGCAAAUCGAGUUGCGGCGUUUGCAGAACGAGCGCGAAAAGUUGGCCGCGGACAACGAGAGGCUCGGUUUCGAGCUGGAGCGAGCGCACUCGCAGUUGAACAAGUCGCAAGGAGCGACGGAGAAAUCGCAGGAGGAGUUGACGCGCAUGCAGAUGGAGAUCGAGAAAAUGUACGAGAAGCACGAUCGGCAGCAGGCGGAAGUGCGCAAGGCCCAAGGAGAGGCGGAGCGUUUGCGAGCGGAGGCCGAGAGCGCGAGGGAAGAGUGCGAGCGGUACGCGGCGCGGUUUGGAAAGUAUCAAGAGAAUCAAGAGCGUCAGAAGGAGGAGCACGAGCGGGCGAAAUUGGACGUGGAAAGAUUGCGCGACCGUUUGGACAAGGCGCUUGCGGAGCUGGAGAGAGCGAGAAAAGCGGAGCAGGACGCGUCGCGAUUGCGCGCUGACCUCGAGCGUGCCGAGGGUGUCAGAGGUAAAUACCAGUACGAGCAGGAAAAAUGGCAGAGCGAGGGUAGUAGGCUGCAACAGGAAUUGGACAAGGUCAGAGAGCGUUUGGAUCUGCGAGAUGCCGAUCUCAAGAGGAGCCAGUCGAUGUGCGCCGAGUUGGAGGCGAAGUUGCACGAGAGCCAACUGCAGCUGGAGCGUGCUCGCGAGGAGGCUGGCAAGGCGAACUCGAAUCAGGAAAGAAACCGCUCGGAGAUCGAGCGAGCGAGGAUCGAAGCUGAGAAGAUCCGGGACAGGCACGACAAGCUUAAGACGAAAGCCGACGCGUUGGAGGCCGACAACGAGAAGCUCCGCGUCGAAAUCGUGCGUUUGGAAAGAUUGAUGCAGACCGAGGGCAAGACGAGAUCGGAGAGCGCGAGCAUAGAAGUGGAGAGGCUGCGCGCGAGCCUCGACAAAGCCAUAGUAGCGCGGGACCAGGUCGAACUCGAAGCCGGACGUCUGGCCAAAGAGUUGGAAAAAUCCCAAUUGACGAUAGCCAAACUCCAGGAAACUUCGGAAUUAACGAAGAAAGAGAUCGAGCGAAUAGCGAACGAGAUGGCCAUGCUGCGAGAGGAGAGAGAUAAUCUCCGUCAGGAGUUACGCCGGUCGCAACAAACGCAGCAACAGCAGAUCGCGGGUAACGAAGAAAUGUUGAGAAUCCAGCACGAUUUGCAGCUGGCUCAACGGGAGCGGGACAAGAUGGCCGCGAUUCUAGAGAACCGUGAGAAGCACUCGGAGAAGAUAGAAAAACUGAAGGAGAAACUCGAGGCGGAAGCCAAGCAACUGCAAGUCGAGAGAGAUCAGCUGGUGAUCCAGCUGGAAAAAUCGCAGGACAUGCUGAUGAACUUCCAGCAGGAAUUGAACACGAGCGAGGCCGAGUUGGAGAGACAGCGAGAGGAGGUCAGACGUCUGCAGCAACUGCAGCAGCAAAGAGCUCACGCACAAACGCCGGACAGAGCUGCCAAAGAAGCGAUGGAGGCGCAGCUGCGCGAGGUGCACAGAUUGACGCAGCAGGUGCAAACGCUGACGCAGCAGCAGACGAAAGAACGCCAGAGAGCGGAGCAGGCCGAGAAGAGGAUACAGGAGCUGCAGAAACAGCUGCAGCAAGCGAGUCAAGGGGCCCCGGGCAGCGAGCAGCAGAUGGAACAGUGGCGAAAAUUGUGCGAGACGGAAAAACAGCGAGCUGACAACGCCGAGAGGAAUGCCGCCGACUUGCAAAAGAGGAUUCAAGCUUCGGAGAGACAAUUGCACGCCCAGCAACAGCAGAUACAACAGAUGCAGACUCUGCUCCAGCAGAGCCAGCAACAAGCGCACCAACAACAGCAGCAACAAGGAGCUAACGGCGGUCCCGAGGCCGCCAAACUCCGCAAGGAUUUGGAACGCGCCAGAGAAGAAAUCAAACAGGCCACUGUGGAGCGCGAACGAUUUCAGGCACAGCUCGAGAUGCUCUGCCAGGAACUUGAGAAAAAUCAGGUCGAUCUUCACGAAGCGAACAAGAAACUCCAAGCUGGCGGAGCGAAAGCUGGCGCCGACACUAGUCAGGAGCGUAAACAACUGGAUGAUCAGAGACGUCAGCUCGAAGAGCAGAGAAAACACGUCGAAGAAAAAGCCAGGAUGUCGGAGAACCGUUUAAAAAAUGUCGAGGAAAAGGAGAGGCAGCUUCAGGGACUCGAUCAGGAACUGAAAAAGCGCAAAGCAAAAAUGGAUCAGCUCGAACAACAAUUGCAAAGGAGUGGCGGCUCGCCGGACAAGCGGCUCGCCGAAAUGCAAAAAUCUUUGGAGACGGCGGAAAAGGAAUUGGAAAAGGCGAGAGAAGAGUCGGGACGUAGUGCAGCGGAAACCGAGAGGCUGCUGCAUCUCGUACAAAUGUCACAAGAAGAACAAAAUUCGAAAGAAAAACAAAUACGAGAAUUAUCGGAUGCACUCAAAGCCGCACAAGCCAAGCUGAAACAAGCCACGACUGCACAGCAGCAAGAGAACGAAGAGGAAAGAGAAAACGAAAUUGCUGGCGGGGCGAUCGGCGAGCAACGCGUUAAGGACGCCGCUAGGAUUUUGGAGCUCGAAUACGAGGUCGCCUCUCUCGAGAACUUUCUACAAAAUCAUUCCGACACCGAAGGCAUUCGGGAACUGAGAAUUAUCGUUGAAAAUAAAAACUCUCGCAUACGCGAUCUCGAGUUCACGAUAUCGGAAUUCGAGGACUUCCUCAAGGAGAAUCCGGACGUUCGCGAUCUUCAUACACUGAAGAAAGAAUUGGACGAUCGCAAUCGGCGCAUCGGCGAAUUGGAAAAUUGGAUCGAGAGAAACGACGAGAUUGUUAUUGAAAAGGAACGGAUUAUCGAGCUCGAAGAAAUGGUGACGAAUCUUGAGGAUUAUGUGAAAAGUCACGACGUCGACGAUCUCAAAAUGAAAUUACGCGAACGCGAAAAAAAUAUGGAACAAUUGGAAAAAAUAAUCGAGGAGUUGAAAGCCGGGGAAAAGAUUCCUGCUGGGAAAUCGAGCGACGAUCUCAUUUCUUUGGAGUCCAAGGAGAAAGACAUUGUCGAGAAAACUGAUAAAAUUGUCGAGCUGGAAAAAAAGAUUUUCGAGAAGGAUGAAAAGCUGACUAGUUGCCAAAUCGAAUUGAACGAGAGCAGAGAACGCGUGGGCGAGUUACGAAAAGAAAUGAUGAAAAUGGCGAGCGAAAUCGCCGCUUACGAGGCCGAGGACAUCGACGUGCUCAAAGAGGAAAUUCGCGUGAGAGACGAAAAAGUUAACAUGCUCGAAGGAGAAAUCGAUUCGUUGGAACGUGCCUUCAGCGAGAGAAUCGAUCUCGAACAAAUUGAUGAUUUGGUCAAACUGGUAAAGCACAAAGAAGCUGUGGAAAAACAGUACGAAGAUCAGUUGAAAGAAGAACGAGAGAAAAAUGAGGAGUUGGCGGAAGCACUUCGCGGCAGUGUCCUCAUAACCAGCGAAUCAGAAAACAAGCUCAAGAGAGUAUUAAUCGCCAAAAAAAAAGCUCUCGAUCGUGUGGCGAAACUCGAGCAAAGAAUCGCCUCGAUGCAAACAGCGUGUGCCCUCAAAUGUCAAACGUGUCGUCCCCUCUUGUCCCAGCUGCAAAAAUCAGAAAAAAAACUCGACAGAUUGGUAAACGAGAAACGAUCCCAGUUGAGAGAUCUUCGUCAAAUUAAGCGUGAAGCUUUGAGGGCUGCGCUCUCUGAGAAAGAUGCUCAUUUGGCUCUCCUGGAACUUUCUGGCCUGAAAACGUCCACCCAAAUCGAGCAGGCUGACAAGUUGCGCGGAGACAAACGACGACUUCUUGAGAAACUCAAACAGGAGGACAAACAGAGCAUCGAACAAUCGGAAGAGUCUGACGAUUCGAGUUGCACGAUUUCGACCGGUAUGUUGACUAAAAUAUUGGAACCUCCUUUGGCAAUGGACGAAGAUUACGAUCUCGACAAUGUGUGUGAAAUGAAAACUGAGACUGAGAGAGACGGAAAGCAGGAUCGUACGAAUGGGCACACCGAUAACGAGGGUUCAAUGACGAAGCAAAGGAGACGCUGACGGAUUUUUCGUGACUGAAAAAAAACCGAGUUGGAGUUGACGAAUUCUCGAGUGAGUCGAAUACUUUCAAAAGUUAUGCGGUGCUGCUUCGCUAUCGAUAAAUUCCAUCAUCCACGCGCCCAGUGAAAAUACAUUUUUACCUGAAAUCGAGAAUAUCAAAAUUCAUGUUGGACAGAAAAAGUGAGUGAAAACCCGAGCAAAUUGAGAGUCCGAUGGCAACCAAAAAACGAAUGAAAUUUUAUCAUCGGCAAUGUCGCUCUCGAAUUGCUGAACGCUGACGUCGAACCUUCGGAUUAAUCGGUGCGAUCACGAAUCACUUUCGUUUCUUUUUCAAAAGCGAAAUCUUCGUAAUUCGCUGCGACACGUUGUGAGGAAAUCGCGUGAAUUUAACACCGGUAACAGCAACCUUAAGAAGAAGCAUCUUCGCAAAACCUUGUCGCGGUAAAAGUUGACGUCUCUCGUGCGAGGAUCGCUUAAUUUCAUAUCAGUGAUGACGAUGGUGGAGGCUGAGUUAUGAAAUAAUUAACACAAGAAAUCGAAAAAAGUCAUUUUCGAAGUACAAUCAUUUUGACCGAUUUAUUUGCGCACGACCGUGAGUUCGAAUUUAUUCGAGUUUUUGAUAAAUGUUUAAAUCCGUUAUAAAAAAUAGUAAUUACCAAAAAAAAAAAAAAAUCAUAAAUACCACACGCGCAAUCAGCGUUUUAAUCAAUCAACGAUAAACGAGUCUAUCCACGGAUCUACGACAAUUCCGGAUAAAAUGAGGCAAAUCAAACGUGUAUUGACUUCCUUGUUCACAUUCUUCGGCAUCAAAUAACGCAUUAUUGCCAGGCUGCUCCGUGCAGCAGUGAGUUUUUGGGGGAAUGAGUAUAAAAAGAGUAAGAAAGAGAGAGAAAGAAGGGUGGGUGUCUUGUAUCAUAUUUAUCAUAAUGGAUUUCUCGUCACGGGUCCAAAAAAAGAUGGUCAUUAAACUAUGUACAAUAUAACGAUUAACGAUAAAUACGAUGUAACGUGUAAAUCUAUAUAAACGGAGCGAAGCAAAUGAAAAAAAAGUGAGUUACGUUGUAAGCAAUAUUUACUUAGGAUAAAAUGAAAAAUGAAUGAUAGAUAAAGCGAGCGAGAGGUAUAACCAAAUUGAAAGCUUAAGUCAAUGCGAAUAAAUAAACAAAAAUAUAAAUAUAUACGAAUGAAAAUAAAAGUGAAGAAAAAUAAGUGAGAGGAAAACAUCCGAGGGCAUUUGUUUAGUUCGUUUUUCAUAUUGUUUCUAUACUCGUGCAUAAAUAACCGUGGACUGAAAGGUGCUGAAUCGUUUUAAAAUUGACAAUAAAAUGACCGUUCGUCGAUCGCUUAACAAACGCAUCUAAACGUCGUUAAUAGUCCAGUUAACUCGGCCAACUUUCCUUUUUUUCCUCCUAAAAAACAUCCGAUCGAAAGGAAUAAUGAAUAACAGAGAUAUAAAUAGGGAGGGCGGCUAUCGAAAAGGGCAUUUCAUUCGUAGGAUUAUUGUUACUAUUCUUAUUGCGAUGAUUACAUGAAUUAUUGCGACUGUUUAUGCGCCACGGUCCUCAUUCAUCGAGGGGGGGAAAAAGAAGAAGGUGAAAUAGCUCGGGGCUCUCCGAAAGCACUUGUAAAUAUUAAUUUCACUCCGAACCGAUUCCUUUUCUCUGGCUUUCCCUUCGUUUAUUUAUUGUUCGAGGAACAAUCCUGGGCACGAUUUGAAAAGCAUUCUGACGAGCCAUCGAUCCUUGAAUCGAGUUUUAACGUAAAACGAGGCAUCCGCGAUCGAUUUUCAAACUAAAAGCACUGAGGCUAUUUUGAGAGCGGAGUUAGUGAGAGUUUGAGAAAAAGCGAGUUUAAUGUUUGUCGCGUUAUUGGCAAAAACGAGUAUUCAUUGACGCGGGAGGACUCGCGAACUUUGUGUGUAAAUAUAAUACACUAUUUUUCCACGUUUCGUCAGCUUUUACAAGUUAACAAAGAAACAGGAGGCGAGAAAAAUGAAUUUUUCAUCAGCAUUAAGUCACUUUGUAAAAUCUUAUGAUUCGCCAAGUAUUUUCAUUGCGAAAACGUCAAUAUUUGUCAUACACGAAUCCCCUGAAUCGCGAAUCGCUUUCGACUUCACCGAUCCGAUAGUUACCUAUUUCUUUCAUCAUUUUUCUAAAGCUCGAUUUAGUGUCCGCGUUCGUUUAAACAAAAGAGAUUUCCAAAUAACGAUUUAUUCACGGCUAUUAUCGCACAAGCUUUUUGUACAUAAAUUCUAAAUAAUCGAAACUGCGCCCAUCAAAUAUUUCGAUGUACACAAUCACCCCGUUUUCUUCGUCGAUUCUAAUAAAAACGAAAAAGAGGCUGCUCUCCUAACACGAAUCAACAAGCAGAGACGAAGGAGCGAAGCCGCGUAAAAUCCGUAAUUCACAGUCUCGCGAUUCCACUGAAUUCUCCAUAAGUAAACAAAACCAAAAGAACCAUAAAAGCCACCGCUUCGAGUAUCCGAAUAAAAGUGCACAUUCCCCGCGGUUCGUACGAAGUGUGCAUGUGUGAAUGUUUGUCCGCGUGAGAUUCGAAGUUUGGUGACGGAAAGAAGGAGCAACUUCAUCAUAGUGAGGUAGCAGAAGUCAAGAGCUGAGAGCAAAAAAGAUUGAAACUAGUUGAAAAAUGUAGCUGAAGAACUGAUGAAAAAGCCGAUAAAACUAAUCGACAAAAAGCAAGCGACGCAGUCGAGUAAUAAAUGUUAUAGUUAUAGAAUCGAAAUAACGAAUUGAGAACGAUGAAAAACCACGCGGCAUCCCCCGAUCGCGAUGUCUUCGCGUAUCAAAAGUUCAUUGUACAAUAUAUAACAAGUCGAAGGGAAAAGAAUAAUAAUUAAAAAAAAUGAAGGAAAGAAAGCAAAAGGGCAAAUUUGCCAGCGCAUAUAUGAGGGUUGAUUGACAUAUAAUUAAUCGAGCGAUACAACACCGAUCAUAUCAAGCCUAUAUCACCGUGUUAAAACGUCAUAGUCGAGUGAAAGAUGAAUAUCCAUAUACAUAUAUAUAUAUGUAUAAAAAUAAAAAACUAACAAGAAAAUUAUAUAAAUAUAUAUAUGAAUAUUCACAUUAGAUACAUAAUAAAUAUUAACGUUUUACAGUGAUACGCUAAUUGUUAAUCGUGUGGAAGAAUAAUCGUCUGAUACUGUAGAUCCGAAAGCGAUCGAUUUAUAUAUUCGUCUUUUCACACCCCAAUUUCAGGUUCAUUGGUGAGCAUUAAUCUCGCGAAACAAUAUUUAUUUCCUCGAGAAUAUUAAGGCUCUCUUUCUCUAUCUUCAGCCUGACAGAUCUGUUUGUUUACGAAAUAUAUAUAUAAUAUAAAAAAUAAAUAUAUCAACAAGAACCCUUUAAUAAUAAUAAUAAUAAUAAUAAUAAUACCAAUAAUGAUGAUAAUAAUGAUAAUAAUAAAUAAAGCAUAGAAAUAUACCGAUAAGAAUACUCGAUUGAUUACUCGUGAAUGAUUUAUUCGAAUGAGAAUGAAUGACUAAGGUACGCGUUAUCGAUAUUUUUAUCACGGUUCAUUAUUCAAGCGCACUCGCAGAGGUGCGCUUAUCGAAGGGCUGUUACUGUUCAUGAUAUAAUUAUGAAAAUGCGAUAAUUAUUGCUGUUGUUACUGUCAUUAUUUAUCGAGGAUUAAACGACGAAGGAAGGGACGACAUAAUUUUCCACGCACAUACACAAAGACACUCGCGGAAGAUAAAAAUUAAAAAAACAAUAAAAACGAUUCAUGAAAUCAGAAGUAUCGAUUUGCAAGUUCGAUCAACUGAUUCUAAUCACGGUUUCAUUGUCGACUCACUUAUCGCUAGUGUUAACGAGCAUGAAUAGUUGAAGUAUGAACAAAAAUUAUAUAUAUAUAUAUAUCGAAUUGUUAGUACCUUUACUCUCAAAAUGAUCCCAAAGUUCAUUUCCAUCGAUCUCUCUUAAGAAAAUAUCUCCAAAGAUUUCUCUCAACGACCUAUCUACAAAUCUUAUUCUCAAGAAAAAAAAUCUAUGAAAAUAUAAUUUGAGAAUAAGAGAAUAAAGUAAAAAGUAUGCAUCCCGAAGCGAUCAUUUUCGGACUCGACUGUUUUCGUAAUCGUGAAUGUUUUUAAUGUGAAUGUUGUAUUAUAAAUGCUUGUCGUCGUGAGCGACAAAUAAACGCAAAAGUAAAUUCGCUCCGAGCAAACUCGUCGAAACGAUGGUUCGAAUCGUUGGUACAGAAAGUUUAAAAAUCAAGACAAAAAACGCAGAUUCGUAGUAAAUCUUUUAUUAUUAUUGUUGCUGUUGUUGUUGUUGUUGUUAUUAUUAUUAUUAUUAUUAUGGGUAUUGCUAUCAGAAUAUGAAACACGUAACUUUGAAACGGUCACCCCAUUUUUUUAAUUAUCAAAAACAUUUCUACGUGUUGUUGCUUUAACGUAAUAAAAAAAAAAAAGUGAAAAAAAAAUAAAAUAAAAUUAACAAAGGAGGAGAAUUAAGAGAAAUGAUUCUCAGGAGCGUGAAAAAAAUGCAAUGCGAUGCGAGAAAACGUGAAAUUAUUGUAGUCGAGUCUAACGAAAAUGUACUAAUAAAAACUUCAACUCGAGUGUAUAUAAAAUAAUAUAAAUAUAAAAAUAGACAUAUACAUAUACUAUUACGGAUUACAUGAUUACUAUUACGGAGAUUAUUAUUAUUAUUAUUAUUAUUAUUAUUGAUUAACGAUACAAUUGUAUUUAUCUGAUGAAGCGAAAGGACGCAAAGUAUUCGCCUAUUGACACGAUCCAUUUAACGCGGCAUAAAUUGUUGACGAUGAAAAUAAAAUGGAGGAAAAAAUGAAGAAAGAAAACAUAAAAAACAAAACAAACCAUCGUGAGUCAUAAAAAGUAUGUGUACACGUAGAAUAUUUCAGGAAACUCUCGAGAAGUGUGAAACAAAGUUAAUGGAAAAUGGUGAAAGUGGUGAGACGAGAAAAUAAAACGAUGCGAUUUGGAAAAUGUCAGAGUACAUAGUUUAAGUUUUAGGGCCGUAAGAUUAACGGUUUUGAAGAAGCAAAGAAGAGAGAAAGGGACAGGAAAAAAAGGUUGAAAAUUUAUCAAAGUACAUUGUUGCAACUGCCAUGCUGUGUGCCAUUAUAUAUAAAGAAAAAAAAAAACAAAGAAUAAAAAAUAAAAAAGUGUUUCACCCUCGUAUAAAACGAAAUUAUGAGAGUGACGAAUGCCGGAAUAGGUGUGGAGAAAAUAAAGAAAAAAAAAAAAUAAGAAAUUUUGAGGAUUUCUCCCAUCGAGUCAGAAUGAUAAGAAUUAUAAUGGAAAUGGUUAUGACUUUCUUAUAGCGAGGAGAAUGAAUCGUUAGUUUUCCGUCUGUCAGAAGUAUUUCGGUAACGAAAUUUUAUAUAGGGGAAAAUAUUAAGGGGGAAGAAGAAAAAAAUGGAGGAGGUGAGAAAAAAAAUUGUGAAACAUUCCGUUCUCUGUCGAAGGACUAUCGAAAAUUGAAGAAAAAAUGGAUAAUAUUUAUUGGAGUGUGUGGAAAUGUCCUCCCCUGUCCUUACCAGCGUCAUUCCCACAGGGGGCAGCCCCGGCCCUUCUCCUCGCGAAUACCGACGACCUCUUUGGAUCUUGAAUAUAUAAUAAUCUUGAUAUAAACUCUGGUUGAGCGGGUCUCGAUUUGUCGAUCAUUGAAUAUAAUAAUUAUUAUAAUAAUUAUAAUAACAAUAAUAAUAACAAUAAUGGAAGAAUAACGAAAGGCAAGAAAUAAAUUCGAGGCAACGGCUUUUGUAACGUCCGCAAAUCUCAGCAUUGUUGAUUCAACGAAAUGAGAAAAAUCGGUUCAAAUUUGCUCGAUCGAACGAUUCCAUUCCAACGUUUGUAAAAUUCAUUUGUAUUCGUUCAUUCAAUUUGGCAGUAAUUAUUGCUACAUUUUUUUCUCCUUUUAUGGGAAAAUAAGAGAAAAAAAAAACAAAAGGAAAAUGAAUUUUGUAUGUCUCUUAUCGUUCCGGUCUCUUUGUCCAUCUACUAUACAGUGUAGUCUCUCGAAAAUCCGGUGUCCCAACUCCGAAUUAUCCAAACCCUCCAAAAAACCUUCAUCCAAUAACGAUCCCGUCGGACACCCCAAUGAAGAGAAAACAAAUAUGUAUAUCGAGAAAUAUGCGCGCGCGCGCGCGCGCGUUGAAAUGUGAAAAUCAUUAAGAAAAGGGAAUUAAGGAACGUCGAAAAUCCAUCAAACGUUAAGAAAAAAUAGAGUUUCAAGCACAAUAAACGACUAAGUAGGGCCAGGCACAAUAUCGUAUUUAAAAGAAAAAAAUAAUAAUGAAACGAAUAAAAUCUAUGCACGUAUAUUUAUAUGCAUAUGUGUGUAUAUCGUACGUGUACAUAUGUAUACAUAUAUCUAUAAGUAAAUGAAACAUUUGGCCGACACGUUUGUAGGCGCAGCGAUCUGUUAGAGCGACAAUUCAUAUUAAGUACCUAUACAUAUGAAUAACUAUUGCGAUACUAUAGCGAAAAUAUUAAAUGAAUAAACACAUAUUGUCUAUUGUC